AUGGCUUCCAGCGAGAAGGUUCUGCGAACGGACACAAUGAACGAGAAUGUGCUCAAGACGGUGUACGCCGUCCGCGGCGAGCUCUAUCUGCGAGCCGCGCAGCUUCAAGCCGAAGGCAAGGAGAUCAUCUUCACGAACGUCGGCAACCCGCAUUCUCUCGGCCAGAAGCCGAUGACUUUCCCUCGCCUCGUCCUCGCUCUCGCGGAGGCGCCCUUCCUGAUGGAAAACCCCGAGACCGCCAAGCUCUUUCCAGCGGACGCCAUUGCUCGCGCUAAGAAGUACCUCUCCUUCACCACAGGCGGAAUCGGCGCGUACAGCGACUCCCGCGGACUGGCGGGCAUCCGCAAGGAGGUGGCGGAGUUCAUCGCCAAGCGGGACGGCUUUCCCUCCGACCCCGAUAAGAUCUACCUCACGGACGGCGCCAGCAAGGGAGUGGAGCGCAUGCUCAACGUGCUCAUCCGCAACGAGAAGGACGGGAUCCUGUGCCCCAUCCCGCAGUACCCGCUGUACUCCGCGUCGAUCGCGCUGCUGGGCGGCACGCUGGUGCCGUACUACCUGGACGAGAGCCAGGGCUGGGGGCUGGACAUGGCGGAGCUCAAGCAGUCGUGCGAGGACGCGCGCCAGAAGGGCACCGAGGUGCGUGUGGGUCUGUGGUGGAUUACGCUUGGGUUUUGGCUGAUGAGGGAAGGUGGUUUGGUCGGGGAGGGGUGGUGGGCUGGACGGAAAUUCGCUGCGACAUGGAUGUCCUCUUCCCUCCUCCCUCCGCACUUCCACAAAAGCCCUUUCUUCUAUCCUCCCCCUCGUACCCACCCUCCCUUUCCCGUCACCCAUCCCGGCGGGCAGGUGCGGUGCCUGGUGUUCAUCAACCCCGGCAACCCCACGGGCAACUGCCUGUCGGAGGAGAACCUCAAGGAGCUCGUCAAGUUCUGCGUCGACGAGCGCCUCGUGCUGCUGGCCGACGAGGUGUACCAGGAGAACGUGUACCAGGACGAGCGCCCCUUCCUCAGCGCCAAGAAGGUACGACGAGGGUUUGAAGUGGCACGUGCUGUGAAUUUCGGGUUAGAGCGUUGGCAGGAGAGGCUUGUGCUGUCUUGGAGGGUGAAAACGUGUACUGGAAACGGAGUUCCAGUGGGAGAGGCGUUCCUCAAUUCUGAGGAGGGGGAUUUGAACGCAUGCUGUGAGGCACCUCAAGCGAAGGUGGCGAUGAGCAUGGGCGAGCCGUACGCGUCCUCACUGGAGCUCGUGUCCUUCCACACUGUCUCCAAGGGCACGUUUGGGGAGUGCGGGCAGCGCGGCGGGUACAUGGAGGUCUUCAACAUCGAUGAGGGCGUGUGCCAAGAGCUCUACAAGAUGUCAUCCAUCAGCCUCUGCCCCAACCUGUGCGGCCAGCUCAUGGUGGGCCUCAUGGUGAACCCCCCAGCUCCUGGUGAUGCUUCGUACGAGGAAUUCACAGAGGAGAGGAGCUCACGCCUGGCCUCUCUGCGUCGCCGAGCGCACACAGUCACAGAGGGAUUCAACAGCUGCAAGAACGUCACCUGCAACUUCACAGAAGGCGCCAUGUAUUCCUUCCCCAGGAUCAACCUGCCUGAGAAGGCCCUGGAGGCCGCCAAGGCAGCAGGCAAGGCGGCGGAUGUGUUCUACUGCCUGCGGCUGCUGGAGGUCACAGGCAUCACUGCCGUGCCGGGAUCUGGUUUCGGGCAGAAGGAAGGGACCUUCCAUCUGCGCACAACCAUUUUGCCUAGUGAAGAGAAGAUCCCAGAGAUGAUGGCCAAAUUCAAGAAGUUCAAUGACGAGCGAGGAGCUUCCGCGGUUAGGAGAGCUCUAAGCGGGGGUCCGAACCGCAACCGCGACGAGAAGAAUGAUCCGGGGAAAGUGAUCGAGUUUUCAGGGUCUGACGAUAGCGACGCGGAAGCAGCGACCAAGGAAAAAUCCACGGGUCAGUUGGACGACAUUGGCGCGGAGCUAGCUCGCCUUAGGCAGGAACGCGCGGCAGCGGAAACAGCGGCGAAAGCUGAUGAAGGAAUCGGCGGAUUUUGGCGUGGCGUGAUGGAAGAGACGCAGAUGAUUCAAUGGCCGGCUUUCACGUCGGUCUUAGGAACGACUGGUGUGGUGGUUGUCGUCAUCGUUUCCUCCGCUGUCGUCCUGCUGACCGUCAAUGCUCUGCUAGCCAACUUCUCAGACGCUCUUUUUGAAUUGCCAGCAGUCAGGGAGGUCUGGCACCUGUCUGGUUUAGGUGAUGUUGUGUCCACGAUUCUCAAGGGCGCUGACGUGGCAAUAGCUGCCUGCCGGCCAGUCGCUCUCUCCGCGAAAUGCGGCCCGUCGUUCCCGGUGGUGUCGGCGCAGGCCGUAGCGGAUGUCGCGGCGCCUGCUGCGGAGUCGUCGCGGCCGACCGGGCUUUUCGCGGCCAAGGACCUGGCGGCGGUGACGGGGCAGCGGCCCGUCGUGACGCGCGCGCGGAAGGCUAUUGCGGGGUUCAAGCUGCGCGCGGGCGUGCCCGUGGGGAUGGCGACCACGCUCCGCGGACAGUUUUGCACUCGCACUCUUUUCAGAAACUGCAGUCUGCUCUUCUUGCAUUCUCCCCCUUCCAUUGGCCCACCCCCACCUUUCUCCCUCUCUCCCUCAGACUAUAUCAUGUACGCCUAUCUCGAUCGUCUCAUCAACCUCGCUCUUCCCCGUAUGCGCGAUUUCCGCGGCGUCUCCCGCGGCGGUUUCGACGGCCGGGGCAACUAUUCCAUGGGCCUGGCCGAGCAGACCCUGUACCCGGAAAUUCGAUUCGACGAGAUUGACAAGACCCGUGGGAUGGACAUUUCCAUUGUCACCACCGCUAAGACUGACGGGGAGGCGCAGAGGCUGUUGGAGUUGCUUGGAGUCCCGUUUAGGGAGGGGCCGGUUCCGGUUAAGGAGGCGAAGAGCAAGGGGAAGGGGCGGGGGCGUGGGCGUGGCGGUAAGCAGCAGCAGAAGAGCAAGAAGAGGGGGGAUGGCGACACGGAAAACGAGUGUGAUAAUAGUGAGGACGAGGAUAAAGAGGAGAGUGGUGAUACUAGCGAGGAUUCUAGCAGUGACGACAGUGAUGAUUCGGAUGGGGAGGAGGGAGAAGGGGAGGACAAAGGGGAGAGCAGCAGUAGCGGAGAGAGCAGUGACGAGAACGACAAUAGCGAGGAUGACAGUAGCGAGGAUGAUGGUAACGCGUACGGCAACCAGGCGGGCAGGGGGAGCGAGUUUUGGUUCACGUUCGGCGCGCGGACAGGGAUGAGCGACGAAGGGGAGGCGGAGGCGGAGGCGAGGGAAGGGGGCGCGCGGGGGAGGGGGAGCAGGGGCAAGCGGAAGGGGUGGGUGAGUCGGAAGGAGGCUGCGCGCGCGUUCAGGGCGCAUCCCGUGGCGCAUGCGACGCGCAAAUUCGGGCGCUUCUCUGAGUCGGACCGGUGUCACCUGGCGCAGUCCUUCCUGCCAUGUGACGGCCCCAUGGUGGUGGACAAGGUGGCGUCGCGUGCUUAUAUUGGCCAGUUCAGCGGGGAUGGAGACCUGUUCGUGGCUGGUUUCCAGCAUGGCCUUCUGGGUCCCAUGGUGGUGGACAAGGUGGCAUCACGCGCGUAUAUAGGCCAGUUCAGCGGCGACAGGGAUCUGUUCGUGGCUGGCUUUCAGGACCGUCGGAUUCGCGUGUACGAUGUGGAUCGAGGGUGGGCGUUAAGGAAGGAUGUGAUUGCUCGCAACCUGCGAUGGACCAUCACCGACACUGCACUCUCUCCUGACCAACGAUUCCUGGUGUAUGCAUCCAUCACGCCCAUCGUGCAUCUGGUGAACGUCGGCUAUGGGAGCGGGGAGGUUGAGUCGCUUGCUAAUGUCACGGACAUUCACGAGGAGCUGAACUUCACAGCAGUGGAAUCGAGACGCAGGGAGCGCAGCUUUGGCAUCUGGUCGCUCCAAUUCUCAUCCGACGGUCGGGAGCUCAUCGCGGGCAGCAGCGAUCGCUCGCUCUAUGUCUUUGAUCUGGAGAGAAACCAGCCCAUUCUUCGAGUGAAGGCCCAUCAGGACGAUGUGAAUGCAGUGGCAUUCGCGGACGAGACAUCGCAACUCAUCUACUCGGGCAGUGACGAUCGCAUCUGCAAGGUGUGGGACCGCCGCCUGCUUGACAACACCGAGCCCAUCGGCCCGUUGCGACUGCUCGACCCUGUUGGACCUCCUCCGUUCAGUCACUCUGCUGGCGGUGCUGCUAGCGCUGCUGGUUCUGCUGCUGCUGCUGCUGCUGGUGCUGGCACUGGUGCUGGUGCUGCUGGUGGUGCUAGUGGUGGUGGUGGCAGUGGUGGUGGGGGGGAGAGGCAGGGAGUGGGGUGUCGGAACAAGCCGGUGGGGGUGCUGGUGGGGCACACAGAGGGUAUAACGCAUCUGGCUUCUAAAGGGGACGCUAGAUGCUUUCUUACCAACGGCAAGGAUCAGACGAUGAAGCUGUGGGACAUCCGAACGUCUCAAAAGUCUCUGCCUACCGUUGAGACGUCUCAAAAGUCUCUGCCUACCGUUGAGACGUCUCAAAAGUCUCUGCCUACCGUUGAGACGUCUCAAAAGUCUCUGCCUACCGUUGAGACGUCUCAAAAGUCUCUGCCUACCGUUGAGGCGUCUCAAAAGUCUCUGCCUACCGUUGAGACGUCUCAAAAGUCUCUGCCUACCGUUGAGGCGUCUCAAAAGUCUCUGCCUACCGUUGAGACGUCUCAAAAGUCUCUGCCUACCGUUGAGACGUCUCAAAAGUCUCUGCCUACCGUUGAGACGUCUCAAAAGUCUCUGCCUACCGUUGAGACGUCUCAAAAGUCUCUGCCUACCGUUGAGACGUCUCAAAAGUCUCUGCCUACCGUUGAGACGUCUCAAAAGUCUCUGCCUACCGUUGAGACGUCUCAAAAGUCUCUGCCUACCGUUGAGACGUCUCAAAAGUCUCUUCCUACCGUUGAGACGUCUCAAAAGUCUCUGCCUACCGUUGAGACGUCUCAAAAGUCUCUGCCUACCGUUGAGACGUCUCAAAAGUCUCUGCCUACCGUUGAGACGUCUCAAAAGUCUCUGCCUACCGUUGAGACGUCUCAAAAGUCUCUGCCUACCGUUGAGACGUCUCAAAAGUCUCUGCCUACCGUUGAGACGUCUCAAAAGUCUCUGCCUACCGUUGAGGCGUCUCAAAAGUCUCUGCCUACCGUUGAGACGUCUCAAAAGUCUCUGCCUACCGUUGAGACGUCUCAAAAGUCUCUGCCUACCGUUGAGACGUCUCAAAAGUCUCUGCCUACCGUUGAGACGUCUCAAAAGUCUCUGCCUACCGUUGAGACGUCUCAAAAGUCUCUGCCUACCGUUGAGACGUCUCAAAAGUCUCUGCCUACCGUUGAGACGUCUCAAAAGUCUCUGCCUACCGUUGAGACGUCUCAAAAGUCUCUUCCUACCGUUGAGACGUCUCAAAAGUCUCUGCCUACCGUUGAGACGUCUCAAAAGUCUCUGCCUACCGUUGAGACGUCUCAAAAGUCUCUGCCUACCGUUGAGACGUCUCAAAAGUCUCUGCCUACCGUUGAGACGUCUCAAAAGUCUCUGCCUACCGUUGAGACGUCUCAAAAGUCUCUGCCUACCGUUGAGACGUCUCAAAAGUCUCUGCCUACCGUUGAGACGUCUCAAAAGUCUCUGCCUACCGUUGAGGCGUCUCAAAAGUCUCUGCCUACCGUUGAGACGUCUCAAAAGUCUCUGCCUACCGUUGAGACGUCUCAAAAGUCUCUUCCUACCGUUGAGACGUCUCAAAAGUCUCUGCCUACCGUUGAGACGUCUCAAAAGUCUCUUCCUACCGUUGAGACGUCUCAAAAGUCUCUGCCUACCGUUGAGACGUCUCAAAAGUCUCUGCCUACCGUUGAGACGUCUCAAAAGUCUCUGCCUACCGUUGAGACGUCUCAAAAGUCUCUUCCUACCGUUGAGACGUCUCAAAAGUCUCUGCCUACCGUUGAGACGUCUCAAAAGUCUCUUCCUACCGUUGAGACGUCUCAAAAGUCUCUGCCUACCGUUGAGACGUCUCAAAAGUCUCUGCCUACCGUUGAGGCGUCUCAAAAGUCUCUUCCUACCGUUGAGACGUCUCAAAAGUCUCUGCCUACCGUUGAGACGUCUCAAAACGUCUCAAAGUCUCUUCCUACCGUUGAGACGUCUCAAAAGUCUCUGCCUACCGUUGAGACGUCUCAAAAGUCUCUGCCUACCGUUGAGACGUCUCAAAAGUCUCUGCCUACCGUUGAGACGUCUCAAAAGUCUCUGCCUACCGUUGAGACGUCUCAAAAGUCUCUGCCUACCGUUGAGACGUCUCAAAAGUCUCUGCCUACCGUUGAGACGUCUCAAAAGUCUCUUCCUACCGUUGAGACGUCUCAAAAGUCUCUGCCUACCGUUGAGACGUCUCAAAAGUCUCUGCCUACCGUUGAGACGUCUCAAAAGUCUCUGCCUACCGUUGAGACGUCUCAAAAGUCUCUGCCUACCGUUGAGACGUCUCAAAAGUCUCUGCCUACCGUUGAGACGUCUCAAAAGUCUCUGCCUACCGUUGAGACGUCUCAAAAUCUCCCCCCUCCGCGAAUCCCCUUCUUCCAGUGGGACUAUCGUUGGAUGGACUACCCGGGGAGGGGCAUGAGAGUCGCCCAUCCCAGCGACCAGUCACUCAUGACCUACCGCAACCACCACGUGCUGCAGACGCUCAUCCGCUGCUAUUUCUCGCCUCUGCACUCCACGGCCCAGCGCUUUGUGUACUCUGGGUCGCAUGACGGCGCUGUGUAUAUCUUUGACCUGCUGACAGGCAAGCAAGUGGCGAAGCUGAAACACCACGGGUCGACAGUCAGGGAUUGCUCCUGGCACCCCACACGGCCAGCCCUGGCGUCGGUGGGGUGGGACGGCAAGGUGGCUCUCUGGGAGAGCUUUCAUGGGGAGACUCCGCCAGAGUGCAAGAAGAUGCGGCAGAUCCCCGUGACUAAUCAUGAGGACUUAUUUGACGAGUAG